AUGCUAGAAACAACGAAACCACUGAAUGUCUACUGUAAUAGCGAAAGUGGCUACGAUUCCCCGCAUGCAAGUGUUGAAUCAUCCAGAAGAAAUUCGAUUGGAUUCAAAGAAUAUGUGAAAAGUCGGCGUUACAGUAUGAUGAGUAAACCGAAUCGGGUAACGAUACCAAUACCGUCAACAUGCGAUGCUUCAAGGAGAACAAGUAGUUCGGAUUCAAACGUCGAAUCAUCUGUUCCUGACGAUUUAGACGAUAUUGACCUAUCACCGAGACCCCUAUAUCAGCGAAGGAUGAGUGUGCCAGAAAAAGUGUUUCUUAGUGCUGACUACGCAAUCCUGCGACCAUCGACAGAAGCAGAUGUAAAAUUUGAAAUAGUCGCUGCUUUUGAUCGUUAUACUGAUCCCUAUCGUCAUUAUAUGCAAUCUCUCACCUGUUACGAUCUCCAACCUACCCAUGGUGCUGUGGUUGUGAUUGAUGGGGAUUUGAAGAUUCACAAAGCCUUGACAGCUUUGAGCCAAUGCGGUCAUCAAGUCGCCAUCGUAUCCAACUUGGACGUCAAAGGAGGCUUCGGAAUCAUCACGGUGACGGAUUGCCUCAAGGCCAUUGUUCUAGCUUCAGAGGGAGUGCAAAAAGUUGCCGAACAAACGGUUGCUCAGUUUCUAAAAUCGAACAAUCGGAAACAGCUGGUGACGACCGAUGUGAAUACGAGGUAA